AUGGCGGCAAAGAUGGAGCGACCCAAGAGUCGAACAGAUCAGGCGCUCACUAUGGCGCGCGAUGAACUAACCAAUAUUCGCUCGGACUGCGAGCGAGACCUCUUCUUCGUCGCAGCUUUCUCGGAACGGCAGCAGCUUUUCCUCAGCUCUGCCUCUCACCGCGCGCGGGUCAGAAUCGACGUCCAGGGCCUUCACUCAGAGCCGCCACCGCACGGAGAGCGCUGGGGCGCGCGCCUUGCUCGGCUAGGACUGUUGCUGGUGCAUUGUCUGUUGCGGCCGUUCCUGGCCACUUCCGCUGCGUCCGCCGUAGACACACGGCCCAUGCGCACACUGGAGCUACAGUCUACAACCGCCGACAACACCCAAUCGCCCACCAAGUCUCUUGUCGCCGGCGUGUUGCAGCGUCUCUCGAUGGAUCUCCCCGCCGCUACUAGUGUAAACAGCGACAGCGCCAGUCCCACUAACAGUAGCAGCGAACCGUCUCCGCAGGCGGCAGUCGCCAAGCCAAAGACUGCGCCGUCACCCCCGUCGUCUCCAACGAUGAUGCGAAAGACACAGGAGCUCGUUCCGGAGCAGGAGCUUUUGCAGCAACAAGAGGACGCGGAACAGCAACAGGACGAGCUGGAGGAACUAAAGCAGACGCUACUGCGUAAAUCGACGGGCUCUAUCGCCAUCAUGACGCGUCAACAGGAGGCGUUCGACCACCGACGACACACAUUCAGCACAAUGUCGGCUGACGGUCGCGCUAACAUGCGACGACGCAGCUACGACUUCACAUCGCAGUUUGGCGGCACGUUUCCGCCUAGCUCGCCGCCCCCACCCCUGCAGCCACUGCCUCCCGCUCUCAAGGCGCAUCACCAUCUGCAACUCUUGAGAGUGUACGGCAAGAGCACAGGCCCCGCCAAAAGUAUCUGCGAGUGUCACGAAGAAGGAGCGUCCAUGGUGGCGCUCGUAACGCCCAAUCCGGACACAGUCUGGACACGUGGCAAACCCGUAAACAUCGAGUGGAAAGUGCUCGAUUUCAAGGUGGACAAGCUCUGUAUCGAGUUGCUGGAGGACGGUCUCAGCGCCACGACGCUCAUUGCCAAAGCAGCGCCCAACACGGGCUUCUUCACAUACCACAAGGUGCCGUGGGGGAUGGAGUCGGGCUCUAAGUAUUUCCUGCGCAUUUCGGCGGCCGACGACCCGGAGCGGUACCGAACGAGCAGCUUCUUCCAGAUUAGCUCGGCCCCGUAA